CUCAAAAAAAAAAAAAAUUAUGAAUCCUUUCUUUCCUCCCCCCUUGUUCCCCUUUCCUCACCCUCAUGACCUCAGAUCUCAGGGCAGUUGUUAGCAGCAGGAGGUGGCCCAGAUCAUAAACCACUCCUUCCUUGCAAGCUACUUUGGCAAUUCAUUAAUGACCUGAAAUGCUUCAGAGCCAAGGUAAUUUUUUAUACAAAAAAUAAUUCUUAGAAGGAUAAAAAUUUCUCCUAACUUAUGUGAUUUGUAAAUUUGGACAUUUAAAAUAUUUAAUGGCACUUAUUUAUAGCUGUUGGGAGGUAUAGCUCUAAUUCAGAUUUAUCUUUUAUUUCGUUAGGAUGUUAUAGAAUAAUAGAUCCAAACGAGAUAGUUGUUGAGUGCAGCAACUAUUUAUGAUCAGUGAUCUGUGAUCUGGGCUAGGUCCAGAGAGGGGUGGACAAACAGUUUACAUCUGGGCCGUGGAGUUUGGAAGGCCUCGUGAUAGGAUAUUUAAGUAAGUUGGCAAAGAAGGGAACAUCAAAGAAAAGGAAAAAUGUGUCAAGUUAAGAGUUCCUUAAAGGGCUUUACUUGCUUAGGGAAAUGAAAGAUCAUUUCAAGGUUUAUCUGUCUAGGGAUGCCUUUAUAAAAGAAUUACAUUUGUUCUGUCUUAGGUAGUUUCCUGAUUGGUAAAGAUGAAAAUAAAAGCAUAUUCUAGGAAGAACACUGUGAGAAGCAGGUGUGCAAGUAGAAAAUGCCUUUUUUAUUUUUUAAUUAUGUUAGUUUUUUUAAAAGAGCUUUUUAAAAGAUUGCUGUGCAGUGGAGUGUUAGGUGCAUGACGUGCAUUAUUGAGUUUAAUUCUCACGAUACAAGGCUGGCACUAUUGUUAAGCUCACUUUACCAGCAUUAUUAUUAACCUCAUAAACCAAGGUUUAGAGGAUGGAAAUAUCUUGCUCAGGCUUGCACAACCAGGAUUCAAAUUUAGGGCAGACUGACUCCAAAGCUAUAUUGCCACAAUGCCAUACUGUGACCAUUAGGAUUGGAAUGAAGGUGUUGUUUAUAAGAAUAAAAGGAGACAAAACCUUAUGGGAUAGUUGGAGGAUGUUUAAAGCAGAAUCUGUAGAUAAUGGGGAGAUAAAACCUGACACAAAUUGGGGAGAUAAAACUUGACACAAAUUUUUAAGGGAAGCUACAUGUGUAUUCUCUGAGCUGGGUGAAGAACAUUCAUGUUGUGAGGCAGGGGUUCGAUCCUAUUAGGAGAUUUCUUCCAACUCAGAGAUGGUGUGAUGUUACUUGAACCCUUUGGCAGAAACAUGCAUUAAGGCCAAAUAACCAUCAUCCUGCUUUUUGCUGAGGUAUCACGGCAAGUGAUACCAGGAGUCUCUCCGUCUAAUAAACUCUUGGCAUGUUUCUACAGGUUUAGUGCAGGGGACCAUGUGUUCGUAGUGGAUGACUGUCUGUGAGCCUAUCUUUAUCUAGCUUUAGAGGCUGCCUCAGAUGAAGCAGCAAGCUGUGGUAGAAAAUGCCUGGAAUUUGGAACUGGCUGGACUUGAGAGGGAAUGUCAGUUUCGCCUUCCAGCAGGUGUGCAUCUCAGAGCAAAAUAGCUAAUUAUCCUGAGCCCCAGUUUUCUCAUCUGUAAAUGGUGACGUGUUUACCUUAUAUUAGGAAAGCACCCAGCUCGUUUUCUGAAAAUCUAGUGUGUCCAGCACUUAGUCCAUCAGGCAAGUGUAGCAUCUGAUCCUGUCAACAUCAUCAUCCACGAUCAUCACCAUCAUGGUUUGUGCUUCUUACAACCUCCCAAUACAAUUGGACUGUGAGGCUCAAAUACCCCUUUCCUAGAGAAACAAUAUGGAAACAGUUCAGCCAUAUUCAAAUGUGAAAUAAGAGUACCCUAGUUCAAGGUCUCUCAGUAGGGGACAGAGAUCUUGAACAGUGGACUGAAAGCCAAUUUAUAGGAUUGUCACGAGCACUGAGUAAGAAAAACGCUAUGAAAUUGCUUUGUAAACCCACAAAGCUUGAUUCAGAUAUUAGAAGAGUAAAAUGUUAUUAUGCCAUUGCCUUUGAAAGAAUUAAACUAAAAUCCCAUAACCCUUGGGUUCACAUGAGUAGUACUUUCCUAAAGUGUUUACAGGAUCCAAAAAGCCUUUCUCUUUGAGGCUCACGUUGCUCCUUUCCCUGGUUUUUGGCCUCCAGGACCAUAAGUCCCCUCUCCAGCUGGCUGGCAUUAAAGAUGGGCCCACUCUGGCCUGAUCCCGGCACCAGCAAUGGAAUGUUGACCUGUCUGCUGAGUCUUUGGAGCCCACCACUGCCAAGGAGACCCAGCUGGAGCUAAUUUGCUGGGCUGAGUCAUAGUAUCUGGUUGGAACCGGUUUCUUUUCAAUCACAAGGAUCUCCGUGAACCUACUGAGAGCUCACCACUUUGCUGAGUUCCUAGGUGUGGGUGGGUGUUCAGGCACGGUUAGGCUUCUGAGGAAGAUCCUUUUCCAGAGGGGAGGUUAUGAUAAUACACUUGACAACAACUGUGAAUGCUUCAAAACUGCCUAUCAUUAGGGCUAAAUGGUUUGUAACAUGAGAAUGACUGCAUAAUCCAAAGUAGGGGGAGUUCAGGGAAAGUUAGCAGAGUUAGAGAGUGUUUAUUAUUGGUUAUCCAGGGGAUGUUCAUGAAAACAUUCAUUAGUGCUGCUCAGAAGAAAGAAAACAGAGUGUCAGCAGAGGAGGCCAACCUGGGCAACUUCCAUGGGAAAGUCUGGGCAAUCAGAGCCUUGCCUCGGGAUAGAAUGGUAUUCCAGAGCUUUAGUGGCCAGCACAGCAGACCGGGAGUUGACUUUGUAGUUCCGGGAACUAAACUGUGGCUUGGAAAUGCAGGGACUGGGGGUUUAAAACCUGUUGCAUUUGCAUGUUACAUUCCGUUAUUUAUUUCUUUUUUUGUCACCUUAGUUUUGUCUUGAAAGGAUUUGUGUCAAACAGUUGCAGAAUAGUCACCAUCAGGCAACCCGGAAAUUUGUCCUUGGGGAGCUACUUAAGCAAUCGGAUGCUGACUUAGGUUGUUGUAUAAUCAGGAAGUCUGGUUCUAAUCUUAGCCUUGCCACUGUUCUGCUCCUUGCUGCCCAGAGUGUGGUCUGUGGAGUUGCAGCAUUACCUGGGAGCUGGUUAGAAAUGCGGAAUCUUGGGCCUGCCUAGACCUGUGAAUGAGAAGCGACGGCUUAGAAUCCCCAGCACUUCUCAGAACUUCUGGAUGAGUUUUCCCAGAACGUCUUGGGUCAGCUCCUGAAUGACCCGUUCCUCUCAGAGAAGAGUGUGUCAAUGGAGGUGGAACCUUCCCCGACGUCCCCGGCACCUCUCAUCCAGGCUGAGCACAGCUACUCCCUGUGCGAGGAGGCUCGGGCCCAGUCGCCCUUCACCCACAUUACCACCAGUGACAGCUUCAAUGACGACGAGGUGGAAAGUGAGAAGUGGUACCUGUCUACAGACUUCCCUUCAACAACCAUCAAGACAGAGCCCAUUACAGAUGAACCACCCCCUGGACUCGUUCCAUCUGUCACUCUGACCAUCACAGCCAUCUCCACCCCAUUUGAAAAGGAGGAACCCCCUCUGGAAAUGAAUUCUGGGGUUGAUUCCUCGUGCCAGACCAUUAUUCCUAAAAUUAAGCUGGAGCCUCACGAAGUGGAUCAGUUUCUAAACUUCUCUCCUAAAGAAGCCCCAGUGGAUCACCUGCAUUUGCCGCCCACCCCGCCAAGCAGUCACGGCAGCGACUCGGAAGGCAGCCUGAGUCCCAACCCAUGCCUGCACCCCUUCAGCCUGCCUCAAACCCACAGCCCCUCCAGAGCCACACCCCGGGCCCCCUCCGCCCUCUCCAGCUCCCCUCUCCUCACGGCUCCUCAUAAACUGCAGGGAUCAGGCCCUCUGGUUCUGACAGAGGAGGAGAAGAGGACCCUGAUCGCUGAGGGCUAUCCCAUCCCUACCAAAUUGCCCCUGACAAAAUCAGAGGAGAAGGCCCUGAAGAAAAUUCGGAGGAAGAUCAAGAAUAAGAUUUCUGCCCAGGAGAGUAGGAGAAAGAAGAAAGAAUACAUGGACAGCCUGGAGAAAAAAGUGGAAUCUUGUUCAACUGAGAACCUGGAACUUCGGAAGAAGGUAGAGGUUCUAGAGAACACUAACAGGACUCUCCUUCAGCAACUCCAGAAGCUUCAGACUUUGGUGAUGGGCAAGGUUUCUCGAACCUGCAAGUUAGCUGGCACGCAGACUGGCACCUGCCUCAUGGUUGUUGUGCUGUGCUUUGCCGUUGCAUUCGGCAGCUUCUUUCAGGGCUACGGGCCCUAUCCUUCUGCCACCAAGAUGGCUCUGCCCAGCCAGCAUUCCCUGCAGGAGCCCUACACAGCCUCCGUGGUGAGAUCCAGGAACCUGCUGAUCUACGAGGAACAUUCUCCCCCAGAGGAGCCGUCCAGCCCUGGCUCGGCUGGCGAGCUGGGGGGCUGGGAUAGAGGUUCCUCCCUGCUCAGGGUGUCAGGGCUGGAGUCCAGGCCGGAUGUGGAUCUUCCCCAUUUCAUUAUCUCGAAUGAGACCAGCCUGGAGAAGUCAGUGCUCUUGGAGCUGCAGCAGCACCUGGUCGGCGCCAAACUGGAGGGGAAUGAAACACUAAAAGUUGUAGAACUCGACAGAAGAGUGAACACCACUUUCUAAAGAGGCUGCCUGCACCCCCCCCCACUUUCCCAUAACUCUCCUUUUACAUCCCCAAACCACCUUUGUCAUCAGCUUUUCCUCUUUGCCACCGGAUCUUCAUGAAGACAUGGGCAAGCAUUAGUGGCUUCAGAUGGGAGGCCAGCCUGGGACUUCCCCUGCAGUGAGAGAGCAUCUUCCCCUGGUCCACGCCCCUCCCGUGCAGAAGGGAGCCUGCCUCCCUCCCUUCCUUUCUCCUACUGCCAUAGGAAAUUAUUUUAGGGGUUGGAGGUGAGACAAACAGGCUUGUUUCCACCAAUAAUGCCAAAAAGAUACUGCCUAAUGUGCACCUGUGAGGUGUGACGACCCCCCCACCCCUUUGAAGAAGAGAUAGCUCUUGUUCAGUUGAGACCCCAGACUCUAGCCACACAAAUGCCAUGAUGCCUGUUGGUAUUUGGCAAAGCUCUGACCCGUGUCCUCCCUUGCUCACACUGGGGUCUCUGGUGUGAACACCCCCGACAGCAGCCCUCCACCCCCUCUGCCCCCAGGAGCCUCAUGGAUCGUCUCCUGCACCAGCACAGGCAGGCGAGGGCUCCCCUUCAUGUUCUCAGGCCGCAAGUGCAAUGCCUGAGGGGAUCAGGCUUUUCCACUCCAGGCGAACCUGCCCCAUCUUGUCGCUUUUAGGACCUCCCACAACCUGGUUCCCCACACAUCCAUAGUUCUGCCUCCCCGGCUUCUCCUCCCCACUUGUAAAUAGUAUUUAUUAGCUCGUCCAGGCUUCCUGCUAGCAACCACACUGAAGAGAUGGAUGCCUCCUUUCUAGCCAGCAGAGUUUUCUGCUCUUUAGAGCUAGGAGGGCACCUUAGGCUCUGGGAUAUCCUAUCUUUCCAGACAAUGUUUGAUUUCCUUUCCUUUUUUUUUUUUUUAAACUGGACUAAUUACCAUUGAAAAAGAAAUUCCCUUGAGCAUGUAUGUGUCUGCCUCUAGGAUGAGGUCAGAGCAAGAGAUGGCACAGAAUGCCUCGCUCAGGCCUGGGGCUCUGUGGCCACAAGCUUUUUCUAUCCUGUUUUUGUGACAGAGAAGGGAAGCCCUGUCCCUGACAACAGGGGUUUCAGACAAGCUUGCUGGCUUGUUUUUCCAGACCUGCCUGGCCCCUCCUUCCUCCACACUUCCGCUUUGUCCUCCUUGUCCCCUGCCUCAGCAAAGCAGGUGGGAUGGGGUAGGUGACAUUUGUGUAUCCACACUCUUAACUUUUAUAGUCAGGUCUGGCUACUUUGCAGCUCGCCCAAAGAGAUACAACCUAACCCCCAACCUACUUUUAGUUGUUUUUUUUUUUUUUAUGAUUAAAAGUAACUUUUGUAGUUUAAAAAAAUCUUUCCUUUUUCAUACAAAUAAGAAAUGGAAAUUGCCUUUUUAUUGUGUAACAUAGAAGACAGACCCUCAAGUGUUUUUUCCUAGCUUGUGAAAGAUUUUGUUUAGGAAAUAUGCAUAGAGUUUGUAUUUUACUUUUAGGAGCAGCUGAAAUGCCUUUGGUUUUGCCUUCUCGCUCGCUUGCUCGCUCGCUCUCUCUCUCUCUCUCUCUGUCUCUCGCCCCAUCCCCUCCCCCGCCAUGGCAUCUGCAUUGUUACUGGAGCCUGUACUUAGAGGGAUUAAGGCCACACCCCGGCUUCCAGCCCAUAUCAGGUACAGGAUUUGGUGUUAUUAACAUUUGUCAUCAUACCUCAUAAUCGGGUCCCUGCUUUGUCUGUCUAGGCCCAUUUGGGGCUCCCUGUGAGUGAUCCCCCUCUCUCUGUGCUGGAGAGGGUUCCAGCCUGGGAAGCGGCCAAGUUCAUCUUCUCACUGAGUGGAAGCUGAAUUGCCCUGUGGUCUGGGUGGUUCUUGUUGUCCCUCACAUUAGCCAGGGCGGAGACUGUCUGGGCUGUGCAGGAGGAGGGCUGCUGGCAGGUUCUGCCUCUGCUGCUCUCUGCUCCACUGUCUGCAGUCCAGAUCCUAUUGGGCCUGGCUGGUGUCUGGUAACCAUGGGCCUGCACUGACCCAUCCCCCUCUUUUAAACUGUCAGGUCUUUAUCAAGCACAGGCAGCCUAUAGGGCCCAAAGAAGGCAAAAAGAUAAAAUUGACUCAAGUAGCAUUUGGGCAAUGAGGAAGGAAGGGUUUCAAAUUUAAGGGCAGAAGUGAGAGAGAGAAUGAGCCAGCCCAUGUCCCUGCUGCAACUGAACCAGAUUGGGUUUUCAAGGCUCCCAGAUACAGUCAGAGUAGAAAACAGAGGAGGGAGAAGAUAAAGGAAACUUCUGGCCCCUGUCCUUAGUGCUUUGAGGAUUUUCUUCUCUCCCUUACCUACCCUUAUUUGACAUCACUCUCUCUAGACCUCCAAACAGCAGGGCUCUGUCUCUGGGAAGCUAUCCUUCCAGAGUAGAAUCUGUGUAGAGACAUGGGACAUCAGCCAGAGAGCUCAGAUGGCCCUUUUAAGGGGGUUCCAAGAACCAACAUCACUGCUCUUUUAGAUGAACCUCUGUCCUCCUCCCCUUGCUUGAGUGAGUUAAAGGAACUAACAGUUGUCCCUUUAGGAGGACAAAAUGGGGUCAAGAGGGCACAGAAGAAUUGUAUAGCCCCAGACUGGUUCCAAAUAAUUAAUGGAUGUACAUUUUUUAUUGAGGGAUUAAGACCAGACUAUCAGUGGAUUUGUUUUCCCUACCAAGUGGCCCCUUAGACUAGUCAUUAACUUACGGUUAGCUCUGAAGAUUUCAAAUAGUGACAGACACUGGCUCCUGAAUGUAAGUUUUGAGAAAUACGAGUCUGUUAGAGGGGCCAUAAGCCAUAAAGAGUAAAUCUGUUAAUUAAAAUUUUCAUCAUGUAAACAGGUUUCCCAUUUCCCUUUCUUAGAUUGCACUAGUGACGGAAAUGUCUUGCAGAGAUUCCGAGAACCAGUUUUUCACUGGAUAAGACCUGAGUUAUCCAGACCCCCUAGCGUGGUUCUUUUCACAGCUCUCGACUUCGCACUUAAAAAGGGAUAUUGUAAAUGAAAGGCUGCAGUGCCAGUUUUAAGAAAGAAUUUCUGUGAAGUGUGAGGACUCUGGAGUCUAGCUCGCAUAAAGAGAGUGUUAUGUAAAAAUCUGACAGCCGAACUAGGUUGCUCUUUUUUGGCAGGGAGUGGGGAUGAGAUUUGACACCAAUAUGGGCAAGAUUAGAUAACCUUUUGGUUAAUAUAAAUGAUUUUGAUUUGGAGACCUAAUUUGUAGAUUGUGAAAGCAGCUUUUAGUUCAACUUAUUCACAAACCCCCUAUGAUGACCAUGCUUUUUUUUUUUAAGUUCUGAACUCUCUCAGUUCAGCAUGUGAAUCUUAUGUGCCCAUAAAGUAGGGAUGUUGAAUUGGCUCUUCUUUGUUGUGGCAGUGAGUCAAUGUCCAGCAUUUUUUUUAUAGGCGUCUUAUUAAAAUUGUUUUCCAGCAUUUUAUGGCCCCUCCCUCUCAUGUUUUCAGACCCAGCAAAAGCAUAGAGACAGAAUCCAGAGGCCUCCUCCGGCCAGCUCUUCUGCACACAUGUCAUAUGAGGUGUGAAUCUGAGCACACUCGAGAAAUGGAGACAUUCCACCCCCAGUUGAAUCAUGGCCCAUUCGUGCUGACCUGGCCAACACGGGGAGGGCAGAGAUGGAAGAGAAGGCCUUCAUCCUCUCCUUCAUCGGCCCAAAGUCACUACAGUUGGUUCUGUUGAAGCCAGUGUUUAAGAAACCUAGGUUAAAGACACCAGCACUUCGGCUUGCUGGGCUGGCUGGACCUGUGAAGCCAUGGGGGUCAUUUUAUUUGACCAUCUUCAGCUGAGGCUGUCUGUAAACAUGAUAGAAUAGGCCCCGCUGGCAGGGCAGUUAUAGGAGAAAGUAGGUGGUGGUGAUGUGGGGACUGUGAAGGAUCCAGAGACAAGUCUUAGAUGUUUCAUUCAUUCACUCACUCAUUCAUUCAGUUACGUCUCAGACUUUUCAGUUUCAUAAGGAAGAGUGUUGCCUGAGGCCCUAGGGAAUAUUGAGGAAUAGAAGGAAUUGAGGAAAUAUUAACAGUAGUUAUUCAAAAGACUCAAAUGCUUAUGCCCCCCUCUCUCCCUCCUUCUCUCUCUGACACACACACACACACACACACACACACACACACACACACACACACUCCUCUCUUAUCUUAGAUGCUCAUUUGUGCUUUAAAUGUGCCUUAUAUAUGAAUCCAGGAUGACUGAGUAAUCCCUCGUCCCUGGGAGAUUUUGUAUAUAUUCUUUUAUUAUUAGAUUGAGGUGGGGGUGGGGGAAAGAAUUUAUUCCAAAGGCUCAAAAGUGGUUUCCUAAAAGUGAGCCACUGUCAGAUUUGCACAUCAGGAGAAAAGAAAUAGGGUUAUGUCCAUUAGGAAAAUCCCAUUUUGCAGGAGUGCAAUCACAUCCAAAAAAGCAACCAACCAGGAUUAAAGGUAUUAUAAAUCCUCCCAGUGGAACAUUUCUCAGGGCAAAGGAACGUGGCCCAUUUGAAAAUUAAUGUUCCAUGCCUUUGUGGUCGAAGGGUCAGCACUUAACACAGGAAAAAACUAGGUAUUGUUUUGUUAUUUGGACAACAUAAAAUUCAGGAAUGUUUUAUUUAGUCUUGUUUCUAGAAGGAAGGGAAAUAAUAUGUCUUGAGCAUUUACUAAGAUGUUGGGAGCUGUGCUAAGAAAGUUUGAAGUCUUUCAGUUUUAUAGAUGUAGAAAACAAGAAUGAUUCUUGACCAUGGGAUGAAUAAAGAACUAAGUAAUAUGGGACAUGCAACAAUUUCUGGACUUGCUGAGCCGAUCCCUUCCUGUGGGCACACUGUAAACUUUUAAGUUUUCUGGGCAGGAAUUACAGCACCUGCCCCCUGCAGUGGCCCUGCUGUGCAAUGUUCACUGUUUCACUUCAUGCUGGAGCAGUCCCCCAGGUGUCCAUCUCCUAUCUUUUUGUUCCAAUCUUCUGUGAGUUCCAGCUUGCGGGCUUUCCAUCUGGGGAAAGGAAAACCAGGGGUUUUAGCUCUGUUCUCUGCUCUCAUCCUUUGUUCACCAGCUGAGUGAGAACACGAACUUUUUGCACCAUGUACCCAUGGCUUACACUACUUAGAAAAUCACCUUUUCAGAUAAAACACUUUAUGAGUUCAUGGAGAACGCCAGCACUCUUUGACAAAGCUGUGAGUGACCCUUUUUAAACAACGCUGAGCAGACCCUGGGCUAUAAUCAACGGUGAGCUUUAAUGUCUAUGCUGACAGGCUUUGCUCUCUUUUGUAACAUGUUACGUAGACCAGCAGUGUUUAAAUCUAAAUAUGUUGUGAGUCUGUUUUCUGUCCUAUCGCGUUUUUUAAAAUGACUUUAUUCUUUAUCACAGCUAAGUAAAUACCAAAAAAAAAA